AUGAAUACUGAACUGGUUCGUUACACAUGCACAUGCGAACCGAAAACAAGAAAACUGAGACUUGUACUUCCAAAAGACGAAACAGAACCCAUUGAAAGACGCCAAAUCUCGGUGGAAUUACACGCGGAACGCGUGCACAAAAAGUGGGUACGGAUCAAGAAAUUAAAGAAGAUUGGAUCUGAUCAUCGUCCCGCUUUAAAAGUCCGCGAUGACUAUGACAAACGGAUCACAUAUCUCCAAGAUGUUAUGGCGGAGCGUGUACAAUUAGAGCAAGAAGGAAAACAAAGCAACAAUACAGCAGAUCAAGAGCGGUUAAAGCAAAGCGUAACCGAUGAGAACACUGCUGCCAUGAAGGAUGCCACAGCGGCUGAAGCCGUUCUCGCCAAGAACAGUAUUUGCCUGGCGAAGAACGUUACAGAUUUCAUCAAACGCUGCCCCCAAGUUCGGGUCUGCAAGAAUUUACGGCCAACGUUGGAUCCACAGACAUCGGCGAUAGGCCGCUUGGAAAACGAAAGAUGUGCAACGGCAGAUCGACACAAGCGAGAACCGCGUCUGAAGCCCAUGACCCUCAUAAGUGCCAUUGGGAACGCUGGAAAUGGAGUUGGUGGAAGAAUCAAAGGUCACCUAAAGUACGGCGACAAGUGCCACAGGCGCGUGUGCGCUUAG